UCUAGAUGUGUUUAGAAGCUCCCCCGGAUCGUGAUCCGCUUUGCUACCGAUUGAAAACGGAGUCCUCCCUCCUGCCAUCAUCUUUCCCCGUCUUUCUCCUGUCUGUCAGAUUCGGCCGCCUCUUCCAAACCGCGUGAUACCCUGCCAGCUUCUUACUAAGCCUCACAACUCCGACACCAUGGCCACCACGCUCCGCUCCAUCAAGUCCCUCGUCCCGCUGCUCGACCGCGUGCUCGUGCAGCGCAUCAAGGCCGAGGCCAAGACGGCCAGCGGCAUCUACCUGCCCGAGUCCAGCGUCAAGGAGCUCAACGAGGCCAAGGUGCUCGCCGUCGGCCCCGGCGCCCUCGACAAGGACGGGAAGCGCCUGCCCAUGGGCGUUGCUGCUGGUGACAGGGUGCUGAUUCCUCAGUAUGGCGGCUCGCCCGUCAAGGUCGGCGAUGAGGAGUACCAUCUCUUCCGGGACAGCGAAAUCCUGGCGAAGAUCAACGAGUAACCGGGAACGGGACGCGGACAUCGAUACCCACGAAGCAAUGAAACUGUGUACCAUAUAAUGUACUAAAAUACAACAGCCCACGUGUAUGACGUGUCGGUGGAUGAAUGGUGGCCGUGUGAGGCGUUGUAAUAUGGGGUGACUGGCGCAUCUUUCGGGCAAGUUCACUACAGGUGCAUCUUCCGGAGUUGGACGGGCGCCGGAGUGAAGGAAUAAAUCCAUCUCUACUCUUAUCUGGCCUGCUGCUGCUGAUAUGGUUCGGAGACAGCGUCCCACAGCGUGAGCAACCUGCUGCCUAUCCUUGAAUACGCCCGACCGCAGGCUGCAUUUGUCAGCUAUUUGAUCGUUGGGAGAG